AUGGAUUCUCCAUUCAGAUGCUUUCUGCUGGGCUACACCCUCUGCAUCUUCUUCUUCCUGCUCACUCUGUUCGCCGGAGUUUCCUCCCAACCUCUCUCUUAUUACUGUCCCAACACCACAACUUAUACUCCUAACAGCACAUAUCAAGCCAAUCUUAAUUCUCUUCUCUCCACCCUUUCUUCCAAUGGCACCCGCGAAAAUGGUUUCUACAGUUUCACCGCCGGCGGUGGACGCGACAACUCCAGGGACACCGCGUACGGCCUGUUCAUGUGCCGGGGUGAUGUCUCCACCUCCGACUGCGGGGCCUGUGUAAGAAAUGCCAUCAGAGAGAUACUGCAGCUAUGCCCCAACGAAAGGGCUGCUGUUGUCUGGUACGAUUUCUGUAUGUUGCGUUACUCCAACAGUUCUAUGUUCGGGAGAGCCGACCAGUCGCCCUUGUUGAAUUCUUAUAAUACACAGAACGAUUCUCAGCUGGCUAGGUUCAUGGAUGCUGUCGGAAACACGUUGAAUCAGAUGGCCACUCGAGCCGCCGGCGGUCGAUCCGGCAAGAAAUUUGCGACUCAAGAAGCUAACUUCACUGCGUUUGAGAGAAUCUACAGUCUUGGGCAGUGCACGCCGGAUCUUUCUGAAUUGGAUUGUCAGAGUUGCUUGGGAGCUGCAAUCCAACGACUGCCCGGUUGUUGUUAUUCGGCACUGGGUGCGAGAACUCUCUUCCCGAGCUGUAAUGUUAGAGAUGAAUAUACUAAGCGAAUGGAAAUGACGAAAAUGCCCAGGGCAAAUCGGAGGUCUAGCCGGAGACAUGACGGAAAACGGCUUGAGGGACUUAUUUGA